GCGGCCCGGGAGGCGGCGGCGGCUCGUGUCGGCUCCGGGCGGCCCCCGCGCCGCAGCCCGCGCCGUGUCCGCGGCGGAGCCGCCCAGGUGCCCACGAGGAUGGUGGCGCGGCCCUAGGCCCAGGCUCCGCACCAUGACCUGCUGGCUGUGCGUCCUGAGCCUGCAGCUCUUGCUUCUGCCCGCGGCCCCGCCCCCGGCCGGCGGCUGCCCGGCCCGCUGCGAGUGCACAGCGCAGACACGCGCCGUGGCCUGUCCCCGGCGCCGGCUGACCUCCGUGCCCGACGGCAUCCCGGCCGAGACGCGCCUGCUGGAGCUCAGCCGCAACCGCAUCCGCUGCCUGAACCCGGGCGACCUGGCCGCGCUGCCGCUGCUGGAGGAACUGGACCUGAGCGAGAACGUGAUCGCGCACGUGGAGCCAGGCGCCUUCGCCAACCUGCCGCGCCUGCGCGUCCUGCGCCUGCGCGGGAACCUGCUCAAGCUCAUCCCGCCCGGGGUCUUCACGCGCCUGGACAACCUCACGCUGCUGGACCUGAGCGAGAACAAGCUGGUCAUCCUCCUGGACUACACCUUCCAGGACCUGCACAGCCUCCGCCGGCUGGAGGUGGGCGACAACCACCUGGUGUUCAUCUCGCGCCGGGCCUUCGCGGGGCUGCUGGCCCUCGAGGAGCUGACCCUCGAGCGCUGCAACCUCACGGCGCUGUCGGGCGAGUCUCUGGGCCACCUGCGGGGCCUGGGCGCCCUGCGGCUGCGGCACCUGGCCAUCGCCGCCCUGGAGGACCAGAAUUUCCGGAGGCUUCCGGGCCUGCUGCACCUGGAGAUCGACGACUGGCCGCUGCUGGAGGAGGUGGCCGCCGGCAGCCUUCAGGGUCUCAACCUGACCUCGCUGUCCGUCACGCACACCAACAUCACCGCCGUGCCGGCAGCCGCGCUCCGCCACCAGGCCCACCUCACCUGCCUCAACCUGUCCCACAACCCCAUCAGCACGGUGCCGCGCGGCUCCUUCCGCGACCUGGUCCGCCUGCGCGAGCUGCACCUGGCCGGCGCCCUGCUGGCCGUGGUGGAGCCGCAGGCCUUCCUGGGGCUGCGGCAGAUCCGCCUGCUCAACCUCUCCAACAACCAGCUGUCCACGCUGGAGGAGAGCACCUUCCACUCGGUCAACACGCUGGAGACGCUGCGCGUGGACGGGAACCCCCUGGCCUGUGACUGUCGCCUGCUCUGGAUCGUGCAGCGCCGGAAGACCCUCAACUUCGACGGGCGGCUGCCGGCCUGCGCCACCCCGGCCGAGGUCCGCGGCGACGCGCUGCGCAACCUGCCCGACUCGGUGCUCUUCGAGUACUUCGUGUGCCGCAAGCCCAAAAUCCGCGAGCGGCGGCUGCAGCGCAUCACGGCCGCGGCGGGCGACGACGUGCGCUUCCAGUGCCGCGCCGAGGGCGAGCCGGCGCCCACCGUGGCCUGGGUGACGCCCCGGCACCGCGCCGUGACCGCCGCCAGCGCGGGGCGCGCGCGCGUGCUCCCCGGGGGCACGCUGGAGAUCCAGGGCGCGCGCCCGCAGGACAGCGGCACGUACACGUGCGUGGCCAGCAACGCGGGCGGCAACGACACCUACUUCGCCACGCUGACCGUGCAGCCCGAGCCGGCCGCCAACCGGACCCCGAGCGAGGGCCGCAACGAGACGCAGGCCGCCGCCCGCUUCCCGCUGGACCUCACCACCAUCCUGGUGUCCACCGCCAUGGGCUGCAUCACUUUCCUGGGCGUCGUCCUCUUCUGCUUCCUGCUGCUCUUCGUGUGGAGCCGCGGCCGCGGGCAGCACAAAAACAAUUUCUCGGUGGAGUACUCCUUCCGCAAGGUGGACGGGCCGGCCGCGGCCGCCGGGCAGGGCGGCGCCCGCAAGUUCACCAUGAAGAUGAUCUGACGGCCCCGGGCCCAGCGCUCGCCGCCCGCCCGCCCGCCCGCCCGCCCGAUGACCACCUAUGCAUCUCCCGGACGCGGCCCCGCGGCCGGCUCCUGGCAGAACUGCCCCCGUUUUUUUGUACAGACACGACCACAGGACUGUUUUUUCAUCAGGACUCAUCUUUUGCAUAGUUUCUCAAGCAUUUUCUAAAGGUUUCACUCUGUCUUCCUGCCCCUGCUGUGGUCGCUGAGCGGGGGGGAGGGUGGUGGGGGAGCUCGGAGACCCCACAGCCCUCACCGUGGGUGGUGGUGGUUCACACCCCAGGGCGGGGCAGGGGGGUGGUACACAGCUGCUGCCCCAGGGUCCCCCAACACCGCUCACACCCUGAGGGACCAUGGCCUACAUCCAGGACAUGGGGGGGGGCUGCCCAGCCCCCAGGGGAGGCACACCUGGACGCCCCACACCUCUCAUCGAGCACACAGGUGUUCAACCCAGGACACACUCUUGGACACACAGCUCCAAAACAGAACGCACACACACCUCUACCCAGCUGACCAUAAACAGGUGCCCCAGGCUGCAGAGCCCACCUCGGGCACGCAGGGCUCUCGUGAGAGCACAACGCAUGCCUGACACAUACCCUGCUCACACUCAGGACACACCCAGCUCACACCUGGGACACACACAUACCACACUCGAGACACGCAGCACACAUUUGGGACAUCCCCAGCUUACACUGGGAACACACUGGGCUCACACCUGGGACACACACAGCUCCCAGCCAGGACAUGCUCAGCUCACACCCGAACACGCAGUUCACACUCGAGACACACACAGCUUAGACCCAGCUGACGCUAAACGCGUGCCCCAGGCCGCAGAGCCCACCAUGGGGACCCAGGGCUCUCCUGAGAGCCCAGCUCACGCCUGGGACAAACAGCUCACACUUGGGACGUGCACAGAUCACGCCUGAGACACACUCAGCUCACACCCAGCUCCUGCUCAGCUGGCCAUCUCUGGGGGAACCUCUGGGGCUGCACUAAGGUCUUGCAGAGCAGGUACUGCCCAGCACACGGCAUGCUAGCCCGUGCCCCUGUCCCAGACUUUCCCCCACACCAGGACCCACUGGCCCUGCAGGGCGGGCUGCCCACUAGGAGAAGCCAUCUCCCCCCGCUUCCUCUGCCACCCCCAAUAGCUACCGUUUGCUUGCUCUGCCCACGCCCCUGGGACCCGCUGCGCAUGUGGGGAAUGAGGCCGGAGAGUGUGGCCGGUUCUGGGGGUCCCCGUUCAGUGCCCUACAGGGGCAACAAUGGUGAACAAGGCCAGGACAGGGUGCAGGCUGCAGGGGGAUCUGGACCUGCGCUGUUGGGAGGAGGUGGUAGGCGCACCUCGGUCUCUGCCACUUUGGGGCAGAGCUAGGGCUGGGGAGUAAGGGAGCACAGGCAGACGGAAGCUCGGGUUAAGGAAGAACUUCCCCAAGGUCACUGCCCUGUGACUCUUCAGUUAGUGAGUUCCCCAUCACUGGGGGUAAGCAACAGGAGCUGACGUUUUACAGAAAUCUUCAGACACCACACAGCGUCCAUCCAUGACCCUGCCUCUCCCAGGCGGUUUAUUGCCCCCACCAUCCACCUGGGCCAGAUGACAGGGUGUCGUUGGAGGAAGGGGCACAGGAAACGUGGUGGGGCCCCUAGACCAGAGAGGAGCUUGGCCGCCCACCAAGCAGUUAGGACAGUAGUCUUAAGGACCUCGUAGGAAGGCUGGAGACCAGGUCUGUUCCCGCCCAGGUGUGCAGUUGUAGCUGAUGACUGAGAACCACCUGGACCACUGGGGUCCCCAUCCGUAGCAUAGGUCUGAGGUCAAAGCCACUGCUGCAUGUAUAUAGGAGGCCAGGUCCACGGACGGGCUUGAUGCCUGACCUGGAUCCCAGAUCCUUCAAGACCUUUCUGAGAGGAGCCAGAGAGACGGCUGGGCCAACCCCGGGGGUUUUGAGCACAGGAUCCAGACGGAACUCCGGAGGGGAUGCCAGCCCUCCUGCCUGCGCUGUGUGGCGGGAAACGUCGGGAGGCCCUGGUCUUGCUCCCACCCGCCUCAACCCCACUCGUGCUGAGAGGCGUAGCGACAGCUGACGGGGUGUCCUGUGACCCCAAACUCCACCCGAGCUGGGCAGAACCGACUGGUUUUCCCCCUUCACAUCCUCCUGACCUUGGCUGCCAUAACAACCCCAAAGGCCCCUCCAAAUGACAUCCAAGUGCCUUUAGCAUCACCAACAAUGGGAGGGGUAUGUUCUCAGCAGCGUCAGGACUCGCAGAACGGCAGCGCAUUGGGAUCUCCCGCCCCCUCUGCUCACCCCCCAUCCCAACUUGAGCCAAGACCCCCUCCAGCCCCCCCAGCCCCCUCCUGCUGUAUUUGGUUGGAAUCCAGUAAAAAUGAAGCUGAUUUAA